GGGCAGGUCGGGCAGGAACUGUGAUGUAAAUAUUUUAGCAUUGGUCAUUGAUAAACGUGUGCCAAAAUUUAAGUGGAAGGAUAGACAGGAACUGUAUUGAAAGGAUAAUGCGAAUAAAAAUAAGCGUCACGCUUCUAAAAUUGGCAUCUGCAUAACUAUCUUCAUUAUUUUACGCACUUUUUAAUUUGUCUGAAAACAAUCUAUCAACAUGUUUUUGUUUAUCAUCGAGAUCGAGUUAACAAAAGCUGAGAUCUUAUAAAGGCGUCAGUUUAUUUCGAAUCUAGAAUCGAGUAAGUUGAAGUGAAAUAGGCUUUAAAAUAUUUCGCAGAAUUUGUGGUGAAAUACAUUGAUACGUUGAUAACUCUCAUAUUGAUCGUUGCUUAUUCCAUAUCUGAGGAAGGAAAUAUUGUUUAUAAAUAGGUUGAAGCUUUAUUCUGAUAACAAAGUGAACAGGAUGUCUUUCAGUAAAAAUAUCAAGCAUUAUCGGACACUAGUGCAUACGAAAAGAUCUUUGACUUCUGGAAGUACAAACAGUAUAAAUGCAGGGAAAAUGCAUCAAGCAAAUGCUAAAAACAUACUUUUAACACAAUCGAAACUAAUCAUUCAACUAAAAAAAUAUAUUGCCAAAAUACCUGAAAAAGAUUUAUUGGAUCAUGCAUGGAAUAAAGAAUUUGCACAUUUUUUACAAAGAAUUCAACCAAAAAUAUAUGGCAGUGACCUUAUACGUUUCUUCACCCAACCAACAUUGGUAGAAAAUUCAAAAACACAAAAAACCGACACUAAAGAAUCUAUUCCAACUCUUUCAAUACCAGAUAUUCUAGAAACAUUGAAAAUUAAAAUAAAUGGUACAGAAGUGCCUAAAAUGAAAGAAACUGUACCUAAGUGGUUGACGAAGCCAGUUGUAUCAUUGGAAAUGGUUGCCUCAAGAACUGAACAUUUAUUAACUUCAAUUAAAACGGCAUCAAAUGAUGAUGAUAGAUUGUCAAAGAUUAAUGAAUUCUGUGAGCACUUGAAAUGUUACAGCGAUGCAAGGCACAUUGCUGUUAAAGAAGGUGGUAUUAGAUGCUUGCUGAAAAUACGUUAUAAAGGAACAAAGAGUCCAGAAGUUAUAGGUGCUCUCAAAGAGGCACUAAGUCUUUUAGGUCAUAGUGAUCAUGUUGAAGGAAUGGGAUUAAGAAUAUUAUCAAUAGAUGGAGGGGGUACUAGAGGGUUAUUAGUCAUACAAAUGCUCAAAAAAUUAGAAGAAUUAGCUGGAAGACCUAUUCUAGAAAUGUUUGAUAUGAUUUGUGGAGUCAGUACCGGCGCCAUCAUAGCUAGUUUAUUAGUUGUUCAAAAAAAAACAUUAGAUGAAAUAGAACAAAUAUAUGAAAGUAUAGGAACUCAAGUAUUCACUCAACACCCUAUAAAGGGUACAAGUAAUUUAGUUUGGAGUCACUCUUAUUAUAAUACUGCUUUGUGGGAGAAACUACUCAAAGAUGAAAUUGGAACAGAAACAAUGAUUAGUUCACAAAGAAAACCAAAAACUCCUAAACUUUUGGCAGUAUCAGCUGUUAUGAGUAAAUCAAGGCUAGCAGCUUACAUAUUUAGGAACUACAAUUUGCCUUGUAAAGUACAGAGUCAAUAUUUUGGAAGUGCAAAUCAUAAAGUUUGGGAAGCUGUAAGAGCUUCAGCUGCAGCACCUACUUAUUUUGAAGAAUUUAAAUUGGGAAAUAUGUUACAUCAGGAUGGUGGUAUUCUGGUGAAUAACCCCACAGCUGUUGCAAUUCAUGAAGCUAAGUUAUUAUGGCCUCACACUCCUUUACAAUGUGUGGUUUCUUUCGGUACAGGAAGGACUGAGCUAAACUCAAUAGAACCUGAUAUAGAUUCUGAAUCUGCGAGUGCUUCUUCUUGGAAAAGUAAAUUUUUGGCAGUAAUUGAUAGUGCCACUGAUACUGAAGGGGUUCACUCCAUGUUGUCAGAUUUGUUACCACCAAGGACUUAUUAUAGGUUUAACCCAUAUUUGACAGAGAUGUUAGGAAUUUCAGAAAUUUGUCCUGAAAAAAUGAGUCUGCUGAAAAGGGAUGCAUUGAUGUACUUAAGAAGAAAUGAAGAAAAAUUCCAAGAAGCUGCAGAUACCUUAAAUAUCAAAAAAGGUCCAUUACAAAAACUUCAGGAUUAUGUUAAUUUACAGUUAGAAAUGAAUGGCAUCAUUUCUUCAAAGUACUGAUUUUCAAAUCAUGAUAUUGUUAUGGCUGUGUAAGGAAAUUUUAAUAAUAAUUCUGGUAAUAUAUUGAGAAUGGCUAUAUUUAUACUUUUAUUAAAGUUUUUUAUAUUGAUUAAAUCUCUGUUAAUAUUGAA